AUGGAGAAUCCAGUUGCCUCAACACUUAUUGACUUACCACUCAAUCCAUUCAAGGGAAUAGAGAGUGAUCAGCUUGGUGACAUAGAAAACCUUGAGCACGAGCUUGAAAAUAAUUCCCCGAAAUCGGAUUACCAAGACGGCAAGAAAACGAUGAACAUUUAUUCGAUGAACUCGAAGCUGGAAGAGGAAGAGAAAUGCCCGUGGUUGAACGCCCCACUAAUCGGUGACAGAAAUGUUCCGACGCCCAUCCGCUUCCAUCCAGAAAAUAUACGUGAGAGAAGAGGACACGGUUUACUGUGUCUAAUUUAUUCAACUUUGAAAACUAGGAGCCGAAAGGUCUCCAAAACAACCAGCAAAAUAGGAAAACGUUCGCAAAGGAUCAAGCGGUUUUGGCUGCGCAAGGCGGGUCUGGUGCCAGCGUGGGUGGAACCGCCACCGCGUCCACCACCAAGGGAGUUGAUCCCGCUUGAGCAGCUGCCAGCAGGUGCCCUAGCCCCUCAGUUGGCACCGUUCUUGAAUAUUGCUAGGAGGUGCCUCAGCGUGGAAGAACUAGCAGAGGCUCUCCGCCCGAGAGAAUACGGCGACAUACGCUACCGUAAUCGACAGGAACCGGCCCCACAACCGGUUCCACCACCGGCUCAAGAUUUACUGCCGGUCGUGAUUGGAGAACCGGAAGCUGAUCAGGAGCCGAUCCAGGCACCUCCGCCCGACAUUCAACAACGCCAAGUACGAUAUCGCGAGCAGCACGUUGGAAGGGGUCUACUUCGCCGAGUAGUCUUCCUUCCAGUGAGACAGGAGGAAGCAGCCGCUGCUGCAGCCCCAAACCAGCAGUCGGAAAGCGAGUCGGAGGAGGAAGCAGCCGCUGCUGCAGCCCCAAACCAGCAGUCGGAAAGCGAGUCGGAGGAGGAAGCAGCCGCUGCUGCAGCCCCACACCAGCAACAAGGAAGUGAGUCGGAGGAAGACGAGAUCCAGCUGUGCCACGAAAGCUCGUCAACGGACGACAGCUCGUCAGAAGAGUCAACGGACGAAGACAGGCGCCAUUUUGAAACAGAAUUGGAGGCCAAUCCGGCUCUGAGAAGAGCGUACGAGAGGAGCGAAACAGCAAGGAGAGAGCGAGGCCGUUUCAACACCCGUCCGGGCCACCUCUACACAAGAAGAAAUACCAGAGGAAGGGAGCAGAGGAACCCAACCAAUUAAGUAAAUCUAAUUGUAUUCUUGAACAUGGCGGCUCCAACCGCUAAAUACAAUUAUUGAAUGAAUAUUCUCUAUCUAUCUGUCCCUCUCUAAAAAAAAAAAAAAAAAAAAACCCUCUUACAUAAGGAUCCCGAGAAAUCGGUGCAUCCAAACGAAAAAAAAAAAACCCUUUUCUCUCUAUCACGCUCACUGUAGUGGCACGCCGCAAGGGG